UCACUCCUUGAUUAUUGGAAUUGAAUCAAAACCGUUUUUCAAAUCAAAUUUUCGAUCAACAACCGAAUCGAAUAUUGCCGAUUUACGAGAACGUUUAGAAAACUCUUCUUUACUACCACCACCCUUAAACGACGACGAAAACCAAGCAGUUCCCGGAUUUAUCCAAAAGAAAAUAGCGAAACUUUUCCGUAAAAUCCAAUUUUUCACCUCCCUCGCGAACGGAUUUACCACAAAAAAACCAGAACCGGAUGUUGAUUUUGAAGAUAUCGACAACGAAGAUGAUUUUCCAAAAAGUAAUACGACUGUGAUGGUUACAACGGAAUCGGGGGAGUUUUCUAAUUCGACUUUUGUGGAAAAUGAGGUUGGAAUUUCGAAUGCUACGGUUUAUAAUAAAGGAAAUAAGGAGAAAGAAGAGUUGGAUUCCACUGCGAGGUUGCAAAAUGUCAAAUAUGAGUUUUCUCCUGUUGGAAUUGGAAUUUAUUUUAUGGAAUUAGUUGGGAGCUUGAUUGGAUUAGUUUAUGGGGCUGCUCUUCAAGUUUCAAACGGUACCCAACAACCUUCUGUAUAAAUAUAAAAGUGUAUUUAUUAAAUAAAUAUGAUUAAGA